AUGGUGAAGCUUUUCUGGGUUAGCAUUGUAAUAGCACUUGUUUUCAUCAAAUUGGUUGAUGCAUAUCACAUCAAUGAAACUGAACUCUCUAUCUUAGAAGCUCAUGAAGGUUAUUCUUUUUCUUCCAACCUUGUGAAUCAGCCUCGCAUGGUGGGAAUCACCUUUAUUCAAUCUGCUGCUGCUAAAGGAGCUGUCUGCUUGGAUGGAACAUUGCCUGCUUAUCAUUUCGACCGCGGAUACGGAUCGGGAGCAAACAGCUGGAUUGUUAACUUAGAGGGAGGUGCGUGGUGUAAUAACGUUAGAACAUGCGUUUAUCGCAAGACUACACGGCGUGGAUCAUCAAAUUUCAUGGAGAAGGCGAUACCUUUUACGGGAAUAAUGAGCAAUAAUCCUCGAGAGAAUCCAGAUUUCUUUAACUGGAAUAGAGUGAAAAUUCGUUACUGUGAUGGUGCUUCUUUUACCGAAUUGGCCCUUCAAACUACUGAAGAAGAAACCAAUCUAUACCCUAUUCACAUGGCUGCACGCCUCGGACUAUGCAACAUUCUUCAAUGUUUGAUUAAUGGUAACUGUAACUUGGACUCGCAAACAAAACUUGGUGACACGGCGUUGAUGGUUUGCACAAGGUAUAAACAUGAGAAGUGUCUAAGAGUUUUAGUAUCAUCAGGAGCUGAUUUGGGGAUAGUAAAUUCGUUUGGUCAUUGCGCAACUUCAACAGCAACUUCUAUUCAUUGGACUAAAGAAUAUCAGAAAGCAGUUUUGGAUAUAAUUAGGUGA